CUUCAUAAAACAAACACAAACACUCACUCUCUAACUCAGUUUUUUUUCCCAAAUCAUCCAUCUUUCAUUCUAGCUGUUUCAGUCAGCUAGUGGAAAAUGGUGGUAAACUGAGACAUUAAGAAAGAAAAAUAAGGAAUAACAAGAUGCAACUGAAAACCCAGUUGUUUUCAUUGUUCUUUUUGUACUGUUACAUUGGUUGUUAUGUUAUUGGCCUUGCUGCUGCAAUUGAUGAUGAAGUAAAUGUUCUACUUUCAAUAAAAGCGGGUUUUAUUGAUCCAUUAGAUAGCCUCCAGAAUUGGAAAUUGCCGGACAAUGCAGCAGGAGGGAAUGCAACUCAUUGUAACUGGACUGGAGUUUGGUGCAACUCCAAUGGAGCUGUUGAAAAGCUAGAUCUCUCUCACUUGAAUCUCAGUGGUAGUAUCUCAGAUGACUUGCAAUGGCUAAAAAGUCUCACUUCUCUCAACUUGAGCUUCAAUGACUUCUCGUCAUUCCCAAAUUCAAUUUCCAAUCUCACAGCACUGAAGAGCCUUGAUGUCAGCCAGAAUUCCUUUAUAGGAAACUUUCCAGGAGGCCUAGGAAGGUUGGCUGGCCUAAUAACCUUAAAUGCUUCGAGCAACAAUUUCUCAGGUUUUCUACCUGAGGAUCUUGGAAAUGCUACUACCUUGGAGAUCCUGGAUCUCAGAGGGAAUUUCUUCCAAGGCUCCAUUCCCAAGUCCUACAAGAACAUGGACAAGUUGAAGUUUCUUGGCCUCUCUGGUAAUAAUCUCACAGGGAAAAUACCAGGGGAGCUUGGGCAGCUUUCAUCACUAGAAAAAAUUAUUCUUGGUUAUAAUCAAUUCGAAGGUGGAAUCCCAGCGGAGUUUGGAAAUCUCAGCAAUCUCAAGUAUCUUGAUUUAGCAAUUGGCAAUCUUGGUGGUGAGAUUCCAGCUGAAUUGGGAAGGCUAAAGCUACUAGAGACAGUAUACUUGUACAAGAACAAUUUUCGAGGCAGAAUUCCAAGUUCCAUUGGCAACAUCACUGCAUUAAUUUGUCUGGAUCUCUCUGUUAACAUGUUGUCAGGAGAAAUUCCAGCUGAGAUAGCUGAGCUGAAGAACUUGCAGCUCUUGAAUCUUAUGAGCAACAAGUUGUCAGGUUCAGUUCCUACUGGACUAGGAGGGUUGACUCAGUUACUGGUUCUUGAGCUGUGGAAUAAUUCUUUAUCAGGCUCAUUGCCCAGUGAUCUUGGCAAGAAUUCACCAUUGCAGUGGUUGGACGUGUCAUCCAAUGCAUUCUCUGGUGAGAUUCCACCGAGUGUGUGCAAUGGGGGCAAUCUCACAAAGCUCAUUCUUUUCAACAAUGCCUUUUUGGGGCCAAUUCCAGGUAGCUUAUCAACAUGUCUCUCACUUGCCCGUGUUCGAAUGCAGAAUAAUUUUAUUUCUGGGACAAUUCCUGUGGGGCUUGGCAAACUUGGGAAGCUUGACAGGUUAGAAUUGGCAAAUAAUAGUCUUACUGGUCAGAUCCCAGAUGAUAUUUCUAUUUCUACAUCGCUUUCUUUUAUUGAUUUCUCUCAUAACCACCUCCAAUCUUCUCUGCCUUCCACCAUUCUUUCCAUUCCAAAUCUGCAAACCUUCCUGGCCUCAAACAAUAACUUAGAAGAUGAAAUCUCUGGCCAAUUCCAAGACUGUCCUUCACUUUCUGUGCUUGAUCUCUCAUCGAACCAUUUCUAUGGAAGCAUUACAGCAAGCAUUGCUUCAUGUCAGAAAUUGGUAUCUUUGAAUCUCAGGAACAACCAACUGACCGGAGAAAUCCCCAAGGAAGUUACAAUGAUGCCCACUUUGGCCACUCUUGAUCUAUCCAACAACUCUUUGACUGGUGUAAUACCAGACAACUUUGGAAUUUCUCCAGCCUUAGAAAUGCUCAAUGUUUCAUACAACAAACUAGAAGGACCUGUUCCAACAAAUGGUGUGCUAAGAACUAUUAACCCGGAUGAUCUUGUGGGAAACCCUGGUCUAUGUGGUGGUGUUCUCCCUCCCUGUGGUGGAAUUUUGGCAUUCACAUCAGGACAGGGGAGAUUGCAUGCUAAGCACGUCAUUGCUGGAUGGAUCAUUGGAAUUUCAUCCUUUUUAGCAAUUUUAAUUGCUCUUUUUGGUGCUCGGACCCUAUAUAAAAGGUGGUAUUCGAAUGGAAGUUGCUUCGAAGAAAGAUUUGAAACAGGCAAUGGUGAGUGGCCAUGGCGAUUGAUGGCAUUCCAGAGGCUUGGUUUCACCUCUGCUGACAUUUUGGCUUGCAUUAAGGAAUCAAAUGUAAUUGGAAUGGGGGCUACUGGGACUGUGUAUAAGGCUGAGAUGCCUCAACUAAAUGCAGUUGUAGCAGUCAAAAAGCUAUGGAGAUCAUCAGCCGACAUUGAAACUGGAAGCAGCAAUGACCUUGUUGGAGAGGUGCAUGUCCUUGGAAGGUUAAGGCAUCGAAAUAUUGUUCGGUUAUUAGGAUGUCUUCAUAAUGACACCAAUGUAAUGAUAAUUUAUGAGUUUAUGCAAAAUGGCAACCUUGGGGAAGCCUUGCAUGGCAAGCUAGCAGGAAGAUUGCUUGUAGACUGGGUUUCAAGGUAUAACAUAGCACUAGGAGUCGCGCAAGGGCUUGCUUAUCUCCACCAUGAUUGUCACCCACCUGUUAUCCAUCGAGACAUCAAAUCAAAUAACAUACUACUUGAUGCAAAUCUGGAGGCAAGGAUUGCAGAUUUUGGGUUGGCAAGGAUGAUGAUCCGGAAGAAUGAGACAGUUUCAAUGGUGGCUGGAUCCUAUGGAUACAUAGCUCCAGAAUAUGGAUACACCUUGAAGGUAGACGAAAAGAUUGACAUAUACAGCUAUGGAGUGGUGCUUCUGGAGCUUCUCACAGGAAAGCAGCCAUUAGAUCGCGAGUUUGGAGAAUCAGUCGACAUUGUUGAGUGGAUACGAAGGAAAGUUAGAGACAAUAAAGCAUUAGAAGAAGCACUAGACCCCAGUGUAGGAAAUUGCAAGUUUGUUCAGGAAGAGAUGCUAUUAGUCCUUAGACUAGCACUUCUUUGCACUGCCAAGUUCCCAAAGGAUAGACCCUCCAUGAGGGAUGUAAUCACAAUGCUAGGAGAGGCAAAGCCUAGGAGAAAAAGCAGUAGCAACAAUGAAGGAAGUGCAACUAACAAAGACAAGCCUGUCUUUACCACAUCACCUGUAAAUGGCCUUCUGUAGGAACAAAAUUGAGUUCCCCCUCUGGCCGUGUCAUUGUUACAUUUGUUCUUUUGUACCUAGAAUUGCCUUUCUUUGAUGUUCGUAAUCACUGUUUGAUAUUUGUGUCUAUAGGAUAUUAACGGGUAUAUGAAAUUAGAUUUUUUCUUGCAAAUAAAGCCAUCCUUUUUGUGUAAUAGCAGAGAUUGUAUUCAAGAAUAGACAGGCCUAUUUGUAUUCAUUCUUAGAGUAACAUAAAUAAAUUGUCUCAUGUGAAGGAGGAACGCUCAAAAACUUGGCUACCAUGCCAUUCAUUGACCCAUGAAGUACAAGA